AUCCAGGUCAGUGGGGGUCAAUCUUAAAGACAAAAAACAUGGCUGAACAUGUACGUGUGAAAGUGAAUGUCAAGGCUUACGCCAAACUUGUCUUACAUGCAGCUAAGUAUCCACAUAGUGCAGUUAAUGGAGUGUUGCUAGCAGAUAAGAAGAAACUGAGUAAUUCGAAAUUACUAUAUUUUGUCGAUUGUGUACCGUUAUUUCAUCAAUGUCUUGGGCUAGCCCCUAUGCUUGAAACAGCGUUAUUACAGAUUGACUCAUAUUGUAAAAACAGGGUGAAUGAACUGGUUAUAGCUGGAUAUUACCAGGCAAAUGAAAGAAUUGAUGAGAAUAAACCAAAUGGUGUGGCAACAAAGAUAGCAGAUAAAUUAAAUGCUAAUUGUCAUGGUGCUUGUCUUUUCAUGAUGGACAAUAGCAGAUUAUCAAUGGAUUGUGAAGAACAAGUAUUUGAGCUGUAUACACAUGUUAACAAUGAGUGGAAAAAGAAACAAAGCAGUGUUGAGCUUGAAGGCGAUUCCUGCCUUGCAAUUACCUCAGGUCUACUAACAUCAAAAGCUUAUUUAUCCCUGCAAGAUUAUGACUGCCAUCUCGAUGACAUUACUCAGAGUUGGCUGAACCCAGAAGUGAACAAAAUGAUCACCUCAUCAGUGUAAAGUGUAGUCGCUAAAUACCACUACUUCAGCUGAGGGAGGUGUGGCCUCCUAUGAGGACGUCUUGUAUAAUUUAAGCUGUAGUACAUCAUCCCUAAUCUCGACUGAGAUUGGCCCUGGUAUUGACAUGCAUAACAAAAUUCACUACCGUACAACCAACGUAAACAAAAUUAGUUGUCCCUGUGUGGUUUUUUUUCCAAAAUAUUAACAUUUUAUAGGAUCUACACAGAGUGAAAUAAUAUAAAUAGUUAGUCUUAUUUUAGAGAUAGGGAUUGGCCAUAAUCACAGAAAGAAAUGAAAACAUGAAAGAAGGUCACUGUAAUACUGUACUAAGCAUAAUUCAAUUAAAAUAACAGACAAGUGUCUUCAAUAAUUGUGAGCCUACAGAUAGGCCUAUAUCAUGUCACAAUUGUAUUAACAAAUUAUGCAUGACGUCACCAUACAAGCCACACCUCCCUCGGCUGAAGCGGUGGUAUUUAGGAACUACCAGUGUAAAGGUGCAACGCAAACCAGUCAGAUAUCGUGCCAUGAAAGUUUGUGUAAUCAAACAUUUACAAUCACUAAAAUGCUCAUUUUAAAUGCUGAUUUAGCAGAAGUUUUAUUGAUAAUGCUAAAGUUUACAAUCAUGCAAGAAAAAGAAACAUUUGUCUAUGUGUGUGGAUCAAUGCAUUAUUAAUUACAAAGAAUGCUAUAAAACCUGCCAUUUAUCUCGCCUCUGCAGAGAGUGCACUUUACCGGUACAAAUAUAUUUAAGAUGUGCUUAAGAUAUUUUAUGUCCCGGGUAAACAACUUGGUGACAGAACUGACCUGCCAAUGAGAAAAUAAGAUUAGCUGUGCUUCAAUAAAUAUAUUUAAGAUUUAUACCUUUGUGGUGUGAUAGGCAAAGUUUACUACAAGUUAAUUAACACAAUACAGACCCUUACUCUAUACUGAGAGGUGCUUUUCAAUAGAAAAAAAGUGGUGUAGGAAGAGUGGUUCUUUGAACUUGCUAGGGGGAAAAAUAUUACAGAAGACAAUUCCUAUCCCUGCAUUUUCCCAGUAGUUUUUUAAUUUCACUUAUUUGUUUUAACCAUAUUUAUAGAGGGUAACCCUUCCACCAUAUCCUAGAAGGUCAGCUGAUAUUCAGGGGCCUUCUUUAAAUAAAUGAAAUACAGUAAUGUGAUUCUUUUAUCAGUGAAGUCUCUUUAUGAGGCGUAAGCGAGACUUUUUUAAUCCCUUGUUUCGCGUACUUAUGUUUUUUAAGGAUCAUCAGAGGACGGUGGAAUAAAAUUAAAAUUUUGUUUUCUUAUUUAUCAAAUAGUUUUGCCAAAAUCAUCCAGACGGAAGAGAAAAUAAAUAUAAAAUUUUAUUGCUGAAUGUAAAAUAGGACGGUUAACUGCUUCAA